CUGCUAUCCCGAGAGUUCUGGACUUCCAAGCCAGCAUGGCGUCGCGCAGGCGUCAACACGUUCCGCUGCUUGGUCGGCUGCACCCUCGGCGAUUUCUCUGCGAUGUGGUACCUCCAGGCUUUCCAUCCAGAAAUGGCGACAGAAGUCGUGAUGGGAAUCUCGAUGGCGAGUGGACUUUCCACAUCCCUCCUGCUCGAGACUGUCCUGCUCAGGCUCGGAAAGGACCGGCUUUCGUGGCCGGUCGCUGCAAAGACCGCGGCGGGAAUGAGCAUGAUAUCGAUGAUCACCAUGGAGCUGGCCGAGAACGCUGUGGACUAUCACCUCACGGGCGGCGUGGUGCAGUUGGAUGACCCGGCUUUCUGGGGCGCUGCGCUGGUUUCUGUGGCUGCUGGGUUCCUUGCUCCUCUGCCGUACAACUACCACAGACUGAGAAAGUUUGGCAAAGCUUGCCAUUGA